UCACAUACGACCUCGAUUACAAUGGUUCGCAAAGCGAACGCAAGUGUUACAUGGGUUGUGACAUGGUCACAAUAGUCCUGCAUGCAAGCAAUCAUUAAGAAUCGAAACAUCUCAUACUACCUCUAACCCACACUAGCUUCGACUACCCCCCUCAAGAACUGUAGUAGAACGCGUUACCGGACCCGCUAACUAACCCCACGUAAACCGGUACUCUGACACUAGCACUGAAGACCCGGAGCCUGUAACGGGGUGUAGGCGGCUGCGCAAAGUCAUAUACUAGAGGGUCCCGGUCUUGUGAAGCACGAGCUGGCCCUCCUGCACCGCGAAUCUGACCACUUGUAGAAUUUGAAGAUGUCGCCAUGCGCUGCCAUGCUAAUCCUACAAGCGCCCAUGAGGCUGAGGCAAAGCGGCAAAAGCGUAGAUCUUCUAUGAAACUCAGAACCCACAUUGACAAAUUGACGAGUUCGUGAAUGUGGAGCAGAUCAAGGCUUUGCAGUGCACUGCAAGGGUACAAGGCUACUGGAAAGGAAGCCACACAUUAAAAACCUCUCCCUGCAGAUCGCUCAUGAUUCAGGAGUGGUGGCGUGCAAAUCAACUUGCGGGGCGGCCGGCGACGUCUUUGAGCUGCAAUUGAGCAGCGAUGGAGCGUCCGCUCAUUGACAGCCACCGCAACUCGCCUGGCGGCAAUAAUCAAAGUGCUGGCCGUGAAUCCUCUCCCAAUGCCCUCUCGAUAGAUCGGAGAGGAAAGGCAUUCAAAACAGGGUCCAAAGUGCAGCAGGCGGCGGCUCUGGUGGACAUAGCCUAUGACGGUGAAGGGCUGCCCGAAUCGUUUCUGGAUAGCCCCCACUUUUCUGAGAAGGCAGACUACUAUCUCUUUUACAAUGCUGCUGGGCCCUUAUGGCUCGCAACGUACGCGGCCCUGCUGUUGCUCAACUUUGUAGAGAUACCCUCUUGGUGUCUCACCAGGCACGAGCACUCCUGCGGGGACCCUAAAGAGUAUUGGCUGGGUGACGUGCCAUACCUGCCCCCCACCGUCUUCCUUAUAGUUGAGCUCGUCCUUUUCGUGCUCCUUGCCGCACACGUCCUCUUUCCACUCCUCUAUGCUGGGCCCAAGCUGUAUAAAGAGAGCCCUAAGGAUGCAAUCAGCACAGGGCUCUUACUCCUCCUGGGUCUGGACAUCGUGCGCCAGAUGCUCUUUGUGUGGACGGACUUUCCGGUUGUGGAACUGGAGUCAGUGCGGCUCGCGCCGUAUUUGCGCGUGUUAAUCUUCCUUGUCUCUGUGAAAGAGGUGCGGGACAAUCUGUGGACGGUCGUAACUAUAGUACCCAACUUCAUGGACAUCUUUAUCCUGGGCUUCGUCUACGUGGCAUUCUCCUCGUGGCUGGCGUACGUGUUGUUCGAGGAUACCCUCCAGGGGAAGGAAGAGUUCACCACUUUUAGUAUCACCUCCCUGAAGAUGGUCAUCCUUUUUACGGGCUCCAACAAUCCAGAUGUCUGGCAAAAAGCUUACGAGGAGCACCGUGCAUACAGUAUCUUCUUCGUCGUCUACCUCCUGCUGGGCCUAUACUUCCUGACGAACCUCGUUCUUGCUGUCAUCUUCGACAGCUUCCAGAAACAGUUGGGCCAAGCUCGCAAAGCCAAGGAAGCGAACAAGCGACGUGUGCUGUCCCGCGCCUUUGCGUUCGUCGACGGAGACAACCGGGGCUACAUCGACAGCGACCAGCUGACCGGGCUGAUGCACGCCCUCAACUUGUACCGGGCAGUGCCUCACAUCGAGAAGGACGACAUGCGCCAUAUCUUCCUGGCAUUAGACGACUCCGGCGAUUACAAAAUCCAGGAGGACGAGUUUUCGGACCUGUGCGACGCAAUCGGGACCAAGUUCAUCAAGCUCGACGAGCCGCCCUUUCUGAAGAUCGUGGCGCCCGGCAUCUUCAACAGCCGCGCAUUCACCGCGGUGCGAGACUUUGUGAAGGACCCCCGCUUCGACCGGUACGUGAUGACGUCGAUCCUGCUGGCCAACCUAGUGACGGUGGCAAUCGAGACGGCACUCGACAUGAGGAACCUGCCCUCGCAGGCCCUCUGGCAGGACAUUGAGUACGUGUUUGGGUGGAUUUACGUCCUGGAGGCUCUGCUGAAGGUCAGCGUUCUCGGCUUCAGCAAUUAUUGGCGGGAGACCGCCAACCGCUUCGACUUCUUCAUCACGUGGACCAUCCUGAUUGGCCAGACCGCGCUCAUCCUGGACCCGAACCAGACUGUCGCCAACAAGGAGUGGAUCCGCUACUUGCUGAUCGGCCGUAUGCUGCGGCUCCUGCGGCUGCUGACGUACGUCGAGCGGUACCGCGCAAUUGUUAAGACGUUCCUGAAACUCAUCCCCGCAAUGGGUCCCCUCUUCGGAGUCCUCUUCGGCUUCGUCUCGCUUUUCAACAGCCUCGGAAUUCAUCUUUUCGGGGGGCUGGUUUACGAGAGCAACCCGCUGCUGAAGUCGACCCCCCUGAGCGACCACAAGCCGUACAACUUCAACGACUACUCCACGGGCAUGGUCACACUCUUCAACCUGUUGUCGGAGGCCGACUGGCAGGAUUGGAUGGAGGGUUACGCCAUUCUGGGCCACCGCGCGCUCGCCGCCAGAACCUUCUUCCUCGCCUUCAUGUGCCUGGGAACAGGCUUGGUCAUGAAUGUCUUCGUUUCCUUCGUCAUGGAGGCGUUCACCGUCGAGAUGGAAACGGAAACGGAAGCGGAAAAGGCGGCCUCACGGAGCGGGGACGGGUUGAAUCUAAGCGCGGAGCGCCACGGGGCAAACGUCAGGCCGCAGAUGAGCAACUCGGACCGGCUGAUGGAUAAGAUGUUUGGGGAAGGGGAUGGAGACGGGGAUAAGGAGAGCGGUGACCAGGGGGUGUGAGUUGCGGGGUUAAACAUUCUGAGGGGAGCAUGAAUGUUUCAUCUUGUAUAUUUGUUAGAACUUUCCUUUUCAGUUUUAGUAUUUCUUGCUGAAAGGGUUGUACUAUAUGAAAAUUAAUGCACAAUCCCGCCAGCUUCCACUCAAAUAGUGCGAUAGAGCCCGCCCGCGCGCAAGCCAACGAUCAUUGCGGGUAUAGAGCUGCGAUCCGACAAUAUGAUUAAGUAAGUUCCACCAGCCUCGUUCCAGCUAACGGUAUGCUAGUUAAGUUUAGUAUGUAUGCAAUCACUGCAAGUGGCGGCAGCGCUAGCUAUAUACCGCCAUAUGCACAAGAUUUUUGAAAGGACUCCGAUAAGGACGAUCUAGGCCAGGAUCGGAUCUCGUAUGCAACAUUCUAAAAUUGGCGGCAAGCUAACGGCACGUAAUCAGAUGAUCGACGAUCUUUAUAACGGUGCAGUUUCUUAAAUAUGCAUUCUGAGACGAUGAGACCCU